GCUUCUCAUUUUCCUGAAUUCUCAAUGUCAUGUUUCAAACUCUAACCUGUUACACAACACUCCACUCAUCACCAAUGGACUCAACUUCAUUCCUCUCCUCUGCUCCUACCCUUUUCACCUCCACCACACACAACUCCAUUUCCAUCACACCCACCUUCUCCUUUCCCAGAAACUCUCUUCCUUUCACCAAAAUCAUGGCUUCAUCAGCUACUACAUCAUCAACAGCACAACCCAUCGUGUUUGGUUUCAAGACUUUGAUGGAAACCUUCACUGUUGAUGUGCACAGAGCAGAGAACAGGCCAUUGAAUGUGCCCUUGAUUGCUCCUUUCACCAUCGCUUCUUCCAGGUUGGACAAGGUGGAGAACGUUGCUAUCAGAGUUGAGCUGAAGAACGGUGCUGUUGGGUGGGGUGAGGCGCCGGUUUUGCCUUUUGUUACUGCAGAGGAUCAACCUACUGCCAUGGCUAAAGCUUCUGAGGCGUGUGCGUUCUUGUAUAAGUGUCCUGCACUCACUCUGGGUUCUUUGUUGGGGGAGAUUGGUGCUAUUCUUCCAGGGCAUCAGUUUGCUUCAGUUAGGGCUGGGGUAGAGAUGGCAAUAAUUGAUGCUGUUGCAAAUAGUAUUCGUGUGCCAUUGUGGAAGCUUUUUGGUGGGGCUUCAAAUACCAUAACGACAGAUAUAACAAUCCCAAUUGUUUCUCCAUCUGAAGCAGCUAAAUUGGCUUCUAAGUACUAUAAAGAAGGAUUUGAGACUUUGAAGCUGAAAGUUGGAAAGAAUCUGAAUGCAGAUAUAGAAGUGCUCCAAGCUAUACGUGCUGCCCACCCUACAUGUCAGUUUAUUCUCGAUGCUAACGAGGGGUAUAACUCUGAAGAAGCAGUGGAAGUUCUUGAGAAAUUACAUGAUUGGCUUUCUAUUUCAGAAAUGGGGUUGACCCCGGUUCUAUUUGAGCAACCGGUUCAUAGAGAUGAUUGGGACGGUCUUGGAUAUGUCAGUAGUAUAGCAAGAGAAAGAUAUGGAGUAUCUGUUGCAGCUGAUGAGAGCUGCAGAGGUUUAACUGAUGUUUACAAAAUAGCAGAAGGGAAUCUUUUAGAUGUCAUUAACAUUAAGCUCGCCAAAGUUGGAGUAAUGGGCGCGUUGGAUAUUAUAGAUAAGGCGAAAGUAGCAGGAUUAGAUUUGAUGAUUGGUGGUAUGGUUGAGACAAGAUUGGCUAUGGGUUUCGCUGGUCACCUUGCUGCUGGUCUUGGGUGUUUUAAGUUCAUUGACCUAGACACACCACUUCUACUUGCAGAUGAUCCUGUUCUUGAAGGCUAUGAAGUGUCAGGUGCCACAUAUAAGUUCACAAAUGCUAGGGGUCAUGGUGGAUUCCUUCACUGGGACAAUGUUGCUUAAAGUUAGAAUUUUGCCAACCCAUGAAUCUGCAAAAGCCUAAAUGGACAAGUUGGUCAGAAGUUCAGACUCCACAAAGAACUGUGGAGCAAGUGAAUAAUAGUGCAGAGGGCCUUCUGCAUGAAAAUAAGGUGUGGAGUUGUGACAUUUGCAGGCGGUAAUAACAAUAGUAGCCAUAAGUAGAGAAUUCUUGAGCAGCAUGAGUAGCUAGCUAGCAUUUGACAAUUGCUGUGUUUUGCUUCUUUCACUGCUCAUCAUUUUCUGGAAAAAAACUGUUCUUCUGGUCUUGUAGCAAAUUGUAACUAGUUUUCAAUGGAUACAACUUAUAUUUUCACAUUUGCUAA